AUGUCGACCCAUCCCGUAUCAUCCGCUCCCGACGUCGACGAUGAGUCCUAUGACUCCGCUGAAGAUGAAGACUUCCAGCUGGACGCGCAGGACGACUCCGAGCUGUCCUCCGACAACGAGACCGCCGAACCAGCCAAGAAGAAACGGAAAACAGACUCGCAAGCAGAGACUCCAGCAGAUGAAGACCUAGACUCUGGUGACGAGGCUACUAUUCGGAAGGCGAGGGAGAAGAAAGCAAAGAGGCGCAGAGGCAAGAAGGAGAAGGGCACACACAUUGAAGACGAUGGCGACCUCGAUAUGGAUGAUGAGGAAGGGGGGGCGGGGGGCUUUGUGCGAACGCGAGCGAUGAAGAUGCGAAUACAUGAAGAGCGCAAACCGCUGGCUAAAAUCGACGGCGCGACUGUGGACGUGGAUGCCCUGUGGGCGAAGAUGAACGCCCCCGAUACCGACAGCGGGAUACCGCCAUCCCAAAUUCAGCAGGACGCCCAGCAAGCUCCCGAGGUCGACCACGCAGACACCGAGAUGCAGGAUCGCCCAGUCCCAGCUGCAGAGGAGAGCACGCGCCCUUCGGAACACGCUGAACAGAUGAUCAAGAUCAAGCGCACAUAUAAGUUCGCGGGCGAAAUGAUCACCGAAGAAAAAGUCGUGCCCAAGGAUUCGGCCGAGGCCAAGGCGUUUUUGUCCGGUGGCGACAACGCCGAAUACACCGAUGCCAAUGCUGUCGAGACGGUGGAUGCCCACCCGCUGCGCCGACCUCUUCGCAAGAUCUCGCGGUUCGAUCCUAAUCCGACCGGGACGAUCAAGAAGAGCUGGGAGAAACAGCCCGUCGCUGAAGUUGACAAGGAUGCUCGCGGGCCGAAAAUCAAUACCGUUGAGAAGUCGAGACUCGACUGGGCGGCGUAUGUGGACAAUGCUGGGAUCAAAGACGAGCUCCGUGUGCACAGUAAAGCCAAGGAGGGCUAUAUUGGCCGCAUGGACUUCCUGGGUCGCAUGGAGGCCAAGAGGGAAGACGAGCGACGAGCUGCCCGGCUCAAGGGCAUGUGA